AUGCUACCCAUGAAGAUACUGAUUGAGCAUGAAGCAAACAUGAGCUGCACCCACACAGAAUCCGAGGAGAGGCCAGCCAAUGAUGAAUUGGAGUGCAAAAUCUGUUACCAGAGGUACAAUGCUCAUAACCGCAAGCCCAAGAUCCUGGACUGUCUCCACAGGGUGUGUGCCCGGUGCCUCAACAAGAUCCUGGAUAUUGGAGAUGGAUCUCAAUUCAUCAGCUGCCCUUUCUGCCGCCACGAGACUGAGGUCAUGGAAUAUGAGGUGGCUGGACUGCCCGAUGACUCCAACAUUAUGUCCAAACUGGCCACAAAGGACAAAUCCUGGAGCUCUGACAGCAAGGAGGUAGUUCUGACCCCAAAAAACCUCUCCUCCUCUAGCCCUUCCCAUGACUCCUCCAACUGCCUGGUCAUCACCAUCAUGGAGGUGCAGAGAGACCUACAGCGUUCACCAAGCCGUAAUGGCAGCUCGGACUAUUACGCAGAGCAGAGCCUUGACUCCAUAUCUGUUUCCUCCAACAACCAGAUAGACCAGGACGUCUUCUCCAAGUUCUGCAACCAUGUGCCCAGGAUACUAGUCUGGCUUCUGGGCUUCUUCUACUUUGGUUCUCUGCCUCUUGGGAUUUAUCUGUUGGUGAUUCAGAGGGUGACACUGGGGAUUGUGUGCGUGAGCCUGGUGCCCUCUAGCCUGACUGUAUGCUUGGUGUAUGGGUUCUGCCAGUGCCUGUGCCAGGGCAUGUGUGACUGCUCCUCCAGGAGCUGACUGUGCCAGGCCCUGAUAGCCACCAGCCUCACACUGGAGGCAGAGACAUGCAGUUCCAUGAACAUCACCAAACCACCUUCAAUGAUGCUAACUGAAGUGGAAAUAAUCAUAACAAAGCAGAUUACUUCUCCCAUGCCAUCUCUUAAAAAGUUAAAUGUCAGUUGUUUCACAUCAGAACAAGCUGUAGACCGGGAUAUGAA